ACAAACUAAAACUAUGGCGGAGAGUCUGAGAUCUCCCCCUGAAGAGCUGAACAGCGUCCGAAUCGAAGAUCUUAUCUCUUUUGAUGAUUGUGAUGAUUGUGAUGAUGGUUUAUUGGAUUAUUCUAUCAGAGAUCACAUCGAUUUCAAUGAUUCCCUUAUCAAUCAGGGUGAAGCACCUGAUGGAGAAGCCCAUACUUUGAACACUUCAGUGGGUGAAGUGGCUGAUGCUGGAGAAGCCUGUGGUUUGUUGCAGGGAAGUGUUGGGAGGGGGAAUGACAAGGCCAAUACAAAUGAUAAUGAACUGGAUUCCCUCAUCAAUCAGGGUGAAGUACCUGGUGGAGAAGCCCAUACUUUGGACACUUCGGUGGGUGAAGUGGCUGAUGCUGGAGAAGCCUGUGGUUUGUUGCAGGGAAGUGUUGGGAGGGGGAAUGACAAGGUCAAUACAAAUGAUAAUGAACUGGAUUCACUCAUCAAUCAGGGUAAGUACCUGGUGGAGAAGCCCAUACUUUGGACACUUCGGUGGAUGAAGUGGCUGAUGCUGGAGAAGCCUGUGGUUUGUUGCAGGGAAGUGUUGGGAGGAGGAAUGACGCUGUCAAUACAAAUGAUAACUCUACUAUUUUUGAUUUUCACACAAAUACCCAAGAGUCGCCAGUUGUCAGUGGAACUGAAACUCCUACGGGAGUUUUGAAACCAAAGCGCUACAAGUGUGCUUAUUCUUGGUUUAUCUCCGAUGGUACAAAGAUAAUCAAGGAAAAUUUUCCAUCUUUGUCUGCUAAAGAAGUCAAACAAGAGGUAGGCAAGUUAUGGAGAAGUCUCACAGAUGAAGAGAAGGAGCAACACGUACAGUUGGCUGCUCCAGGUAAAAAGCUGUACGAUAUAAAAAUGUUGAGGUACCGCAGGCAAAAAGAAACAGUGCCCAACAGCAAUGGUAAAGAGAAAAACUCUACGACUACAGUGAUGAAUAGGAAGGAACCAAAGAGGUCUGAAGUGUCCGAGGUAGUGCAAGCUUGUCGCUCUUUAAUUGCUGUUGUUAAUGAUUUGCUUAUUAACAUUAUUCCUGUCCCCGUUGAGAAAUGGAUGGCUGUCCUCAACACCGUGCCAGAACUGGAUGCUAAUGUUAAGGUGGCAGCGAUUAAUUUUCUUGAAGGCAAUCCAACUAGCGUCCGUACAUUUAUGUCUUUAGAUGUCGGAUUACGCAAGAUGUGGAAUUGUGAAAGGUGCAUGACUUAUCAGGCAAAGGUAAUGAAGGCGAGCCAGUCAGCUUGACCAUUUUGUGGGAAAGCACAAAACUCUCAUUGUUGUUAAACAACUUUAAAACAUUUAACAAUCGCCAGACUAAAACAAGUGUAGCACACUCCUAAACAAGUGUCAAAUGGGAAGUUCCCAUUGGACAAGGACAAGGAAAAGGUGAACAACCAGGUGAGAUUUCAGCCGUUGCAGUAGUUAUCCAUGAACACGUCCCGAGUAAUGACAUGCAAAGAAAAUCGUCGUCUUUUGAAGUAAAAAUAAUUACAGCCUCGUAUAUACCUGUGAUAAUGAAUCAAAACCAAAACCAUGUACAUGUACCCCCGGUUGUAGUUACAUAGGAGGGUUAGUGUUUGAGGUCUGAUAAGGUUAACCACAGCAAUCGAACCCACAAUAUCACCAGGUAUACUCCCUUGUUUAAUACAUGCUAAACCACUGCAAUAACCUACAAGUUCACAUAUUUUCCCGGCUCUUAUAUCAGAGAGGAAUUUAGGAUGAAGGCGAUCAUCCUCGUUCAGUCGUUCUCUUCUAAACUAAAAAAGUAAGCCUUAUUUAUUCGACCUCCUAAGCAGGUAACUGCAUAGUAAGCCUUAUUUUUAUUCGACCUCCUAAGCAGGUAACUGCAUGGAUGAACUUCUUCUCAACAAAAGUAAAGGAUAUCCUGGCGAUGGAGCGUAGGCUGUAUGCUGAGAAUUCGGCUGAAAGCCUUGGGUUACUCCAAUCAGUGGUUCAACAAUUGAAGACUAUGAAGAAAUACAUCGUUGACCACUUGGAACCCACUCCUGUUGAUUCAGAUUCAGCAAGUGAUUUCACUCAGAAAUCUUCAGUUCAUCAGAAGAAGAAGAUGAUGAUUGUAUCGGUUUCGAAUUGAUUAUCCCUUUGUUUUUCUUCUAUGGAGAGGAAGAUUUAUCUGAUGUGAUGAGUUUUCAACCUAAAGAAUUAAUCACAACAAGUUAAUGACUAAGGAUUGUUCACCCCUUCUUUCUGAUUAUUCUAGCAUACUAUUCCACCGUGGUAAAGGGUUUGUAGUUAUUGGCAGUGUGUUAGAAGCAUUUGUAAGUUCUGUUUUGAUUUACUUGCUUCUUUUUCGGUUGUUUAUAAUGGUUGAUUACGAUAAAAAAUUUGCUUCUAAGAUGGUUAACAACAUGGGUACCAAUCAGAUUGUUUAUUCAGUGAAUCAAUUGUUGGUAUGUCAUCUGAAGGAGGUGUUUCUAGUAUUGCUUGGCAGGCGUUAGGUAAAAUGCUUCAAAGGGUUAUCAGUCACCAAAUAGCUGGUGAGCACUCUUCUUGCAUUGGUAUCAACCUUACUGGCAACAUAUUUGAUCGUGGGAGAGGUAUUGAACAUAUGGGAAGGUGUUCUUGCUUUGACGGUGAUUAUGAAUGCUACUUCGAUACAAUUAUUUCGUGUUUGAUAUUUCUUAAGUCAAUUUUAUUGGAGGGAUACAAUGGAAAAUAUGUAUGUGCGCUUAUAGGUUCGUCACUUGAGCAGUCAGAUGUGCUGUUGUUUCUAGCAAAUGGAGACAGUUGUGAGGAUAGCAAGUUAUUUGAUAAGAUGCUUGAAAGAAAUGUCAGCUGUUCCAUGCUUCUUGUAUGGAAUCUUAUGAAUGAAGCUAAUUGGUUAGAAUAUCAGUUUUCCACCAAGGUGACUGUGCUCUUUAAACCAAAGGGUCAUUUGUCUUGCUUAAUGAUGCUCAUAUCUUCGAGAAGUUGUUCAAAAAUGUUAUAGUUGGGUUUCUCAUCGAACCAUCAUUUGCCUACUUAUGUGUUCUGUGGUAGUUUUCUGGUUCUGGAAAAGAGUGUACAGGUUUUACGGAUUUCUGUCUGGAGUGGUCUUUGUUACUUGCAUUAUCCUCAAUAUGAACCGUACGGUUGUUUCUGACGGUGUUGUUUAAAUGGUGGGGAAGAAGAUAUAUUCUUGCCAUUUGCAAAAGGUAUAAUGGUGGCAUUGCUCAUGGUUUUAGACGAUAGACAGGAAAGCUCAUGUACACCAGAUUCUUUUGCAAGAGUUUCAAAAAUUCCCAGUUCACGCAAUUGUUAGAACUCGUUUAUAUCUUUCAAGAAUCAAUACAUUUCAUCACUCUUCAUUACUUACUUCUGAAGUAUUUUGGUGGUAUGUGAUCCAAGAGGGAGUUAUAAUGACAGUUGCGCAUUCAAGUUGGAGUUCUCUACACACGUCUUGUCGUGUUGGGUAUUUUCAGAUUCAAGUUACCUAUAUACUGAUGUGGGUGGCCUUUAUGAAAUGGAAAUCAAAUUGUACUUUCCAGGUAUAUGGAGUGCUGAAAAUGUGGGUUGGAAUAUUUCAGAAACUCGGCUCGUGCUCAGGGAAAUUCAAAUCCUACCUGGAAGGUUGUUGGUUGGAUACUUGAGGUGGAAAUUCAGAUUGGUUCCACCUGGGUUGUGGAGUGUGAAAAUUUUACGCUGGGUUGAUAACAUUUUUAUCUCAGUGGGAAUUAUAGGGGCAAUAUGUUCUGUGAAGCUGAGGCUCCUAAUGGAACAGCAACAUCUUUUAUUAAGACUCGAGAGCAAUUUGUUCUCAACAAGUUUGUGGAGUAUGGAAAAUGGUUGUUGAUGGUAGUUGUUUGAUGGAGGAAACUACUGUACAACUGAAGACUAUAAGCAACUGAAGACCAGGAUUAUUGAUGAGAUUGAGACUACUUUACAGGUAAUAUUACUCACUACUCACAAACUGUUACAUGACAACUGUUCUACCAUUGUCAUCCACUCUGAUCAUAGGAUAUUCGAUCGAGGCAAGAAAUUAGAUAGUGUUCAGGGGUUUUCUUAUCUUGCUGGUGAUAGUGACUUCUACUUCGAUGCAAAUACUUCUUGUUUGAAAGUUCUUCAUGGAUCGAUUUUUCUAGAUCAUUUCAUUGGCAUUAUGGGAUCUCAAUUCAGGCAGUCUCAGGGUGGUUGAGGGUGGAGAUCUGUACAUUUCGUAUUCCCACCAUAUGAGAGGAGAUGUAAGAUGUAUAUUCGUAUUAUUAAGAGAGGAAAGUUGGCACUUGGGUUAUGCAAUUAGAGUUUUAAGCAUAACGAUUUAUAACGGGACAAAAGUUUUCUUAAGAAUGGGAGCAAAUCAUCUCAAAACUGUUGAACUCAAUUUCCCAAUUGCAUUACUAUUGGUGGUCUCACUGAAAUGCAAAGGUGCUACAAAUGGUGAUGCUCAGCUCAGUGGAGUGCUUGUGUGUAAUUCUGGUCAGGUUGGGACCUUUGAUGGCAAGACAAUAAGGUAAUUUUUACUGAAUUCUUUGCUUUCAUUUUUCCCACAGUAAUCACAGGUGUAGUAAGGAUCUAUAGCAAAGUUCUUGAGCAAUUAAAGGUUAAAUUACGGGUUACAGUCAAGUGUGUUGCUCCUGGUGAAUUCUUAGAAGCUAGACCAGUAGCAUAGACGCUACAUCAUCUCUCUAUAUACAAGGUUAUGGCUGAGAAUGCAAGAGGUGUUUCUUUGAGUGUCUACCAGGAGGGAAGCGAUGAAGAUAGCACACUCUCGGCCUCAGGGCAUGAGCAACAGAAUGUCGGCUCCCCAGGUUGAUUUUACCGCAGGAGGUACGCCCUGGUGCAGUCAUGUGCCUUGGCAGUUUGUUGGUCAGUUGUUCUUCUUUUGUAAUAGUUUCUCUAUCAGCAGUACAAUUUCAUGGAUUUAAAUCUCUUAAUCUAACGAUGAAUCAAGAAAUAGUUUUUGUCCCGUUUG